AUGAUAAGAAGAGGCCAGGCUGAAGUAGUUCUCGCCGGCGGCAGCGAGGCACCAAUAGUGCCAAUCGCAGUCGCCGGUUUCAAUUCCCUUCGAGCGCUUUCACGAUUCAACGAGGAUCCACCUCGCGCCAGCAGGCCGUUCAAUCGGGCCCGAGACGGCUUCGUUAUGGGUGAGGGUUCUGCAGUCCUGGUUCUGGAAAGCGAGAGCCACCUGCGAAAACGCGACGCUACACCGUUGGCUGAAUUGAGAGGAUACGGAGCCACCUCCGACGCUCACCAUCUUACUGAGCCAAAUCCUACCGGACAAAGCGCGGCAAAUGCCAUACGACUGGCACUGGAGGCAGCUGCGGUAGACGUAGCCGAGGUAGACUAUCUGAACGCCCACGGCACUUCCACUCCCUUGAACGAUUGGCAGGAGACCAAGGCUAUCAAACUUGCAAUGGGUGAAGAGGCCUACCGGGUUCCCAUCAGCUCCACCAAGUCCAUGACCGGGCACCUCCUGGGGGCCGGUGGCGCCUUGGAAGCCGCCAUAUGCGUCAAAGCAAUACAGGGAGAUAUAAUUCCCCCUACAAUCAACCUGAUAGAUCCGGACCCUGAGUGCGACCUGGACUACACGCCGCUAACUGCUCGCAACCAAAAGGUCGAUGUUGCCAUGAGUAAUUCGUUCGGAUUCGGCGGACACAACUCAGUAUUGGUCUUUACUGACCCGGCUUGGUCUGGCUGA